UAAGUAGAAAGAAUACAGCAAUAUAUAUAUAUAUCAUAAAAACUCACAAAGAAACUGCGGAGAAGCCAAAUCAAUAUAUAGAUCCGAAAGGUAUAGUAUUUUGCAUUCUGCUUUUCAAGGACGCUAGCUAGCUUGGAAUUUGAAAUUAAAUUUGGAACUGAAGUAGUAAUUUGAAGCUUUUCAACUACCAACUUCAAUCUAGCUACCAACUUGACAGAAAAAAAAAAAGGGAAAUUGAAUUUUAAAGAAUUGUACGUACGUACUACUCCAUCUGAAGCCUGAAUAAAUAAGCUUCUACAUAUGGACAUCCCAUCUGGGGCAUGGUUGCCUGAGUUGGAAAUGGAAGAUCCGCAUGACUUUAUGAAUCAGCACCAACGUACAUGUGCUUAUAACGAUUUAAUGGAUUCGUUUUCUUCACAAAGCUUCAAAGGUUACCUGAAUUUGAUCUCAAAAAACCAAUCUGUUCAUCAAGCAGCAGCCAUCAACAAUAAUAUUGGGGAUUUUGACAAACAAGAAAUUAGUUACAAUAAGAACACUAGUGCUAGGACUACUAGCUCUUUUGCUCCUAUUUGUGGAUCCUCGUCAAACACUUUCACUAUAUCGUUUGGAGAUCAAAACUCGCCGGCAGAGAUGAACCAAAACCAACUCAAUAACGGAUAUAAGCUGAAUUACCAUGAUGGGAUAAAAUCUAAAGAAGAUAUGAGUCUUAAUGAACUUCUUGGAUCGAUAGAGCUCCCUAGACGGGUGUCUAGCACAAGAAGAAACCAUAGACAAGCCCAAGAACAUGUCUUAGCUGAGAGGAAGAGAAGGGAGAAGUUGACGCAACGCUUCAUUUCUUUGUCUAACCUCCUUCCUGAAAUAAAAAAGAUGGACAAGGCUACGGUAUUGGAAGAUGCAAGUAAGUACAUAAUGGACCUUCAAAGCCGAGUGAAGGAACUUGAAGAAUCAUCAAUCACGGGAAAAAAUGUCGUACAGGAAUCAACUGCCUCAAUGAGAAGAUCCAAGUUUCAAGAUGGACAUGAGGAUGUUGCGUCUUCUUUUGUCGAGAGUACUAACUCUUUACAUUGUAGCUCCGCAUACGAUCCUGGGAUUAAAGCAAGAAUUUCAGGAAGCAACGUACUCGUUAGAAUUUACUGCAACCAAAAUUCUUCGAUUGCAUUGAAAGCCCUCAUGGAAAUGGAGAGGCUACAUUUUACAAUCACGUGUAACAGCGUCCUUCCCAUCUCUGCAACCGCUGCUCUUAUCACCAUUACGGCUCAGAUGAGUGAAGAGUUUGUCAUGACAGCCAUGGAUCUUGUAAAAUGCUUACAGUCAUCCCUUUCGAGUUUUAUAUGAUGAUUAUACGAUUUGAAGAUUUGUUUGAGCAAUAGUGCAUCUAGCCUUACUUUUUUCACUCUUUGUAUUAUUUUGUAUUAAUUAAAAUAAUACCAUUUCAUAAUAAUAUGUUCUCAGUUUUAGAUGGGGGUAAA